AUGGAUCAAAAAUUGUUGUUCCAGAGAGGACCUCUUCAUCACGUCGAAGCUCUGGAACACCUUCCACCGACCAGAUCUGGUGAAGGGGGCCCUGAUGAAGACCCUGCAGAACCUCAACCUGGAGUAUCUAGACCUUUACCUCAUACAUUGGCCUCAGGCAUACAAGGAAGGAGGAGAGUUGUUCCCAACGGACGAGUCCGGCAAGAUCCAGUUCUCGGACGUGGACUAUGUGGACACCUGGAAGGCGCUGGAGCCCCUGGUGGGCGAAGGCCUGGUCAGGAGCUUAGGCAUCUCCAACUUUAACUCCAAGCAAGUGGAGCGACUGCUGAAGAGUGCUACUGUCAAGCCUGUGGUCAAUCAGGUGGAAUGUCACCCGUACCUCAAUCAGAAGCGGCUACAGGAGUUCUGUGAAGCGCGGGGAAUCAAACUCACGGCCUACUCGCCGCUGGGCUCCCCCGACCGGCCCUGGGCCAAGCCCGGCGACCCGCAGCUGAUGGACGACCCCAAGCUGAAGGCCAUCGCUGACCGCCUGGGCAAGACUGUCGCGCAGGUGCUCAUUAGGUACCAGAUAGAACGUGGGGUCAUAGUGAUACCGAAGUCCGUGAACAAGUCCCGCAUCCAGAGCAACUACCAGGUCCUCGAGUUCCAGCUGUCUCCCGAGGACGUGCAGCUCAUCGACAGCUUCGACUGUAACGGACGCUUCGUGCCUAUGACCGCGUCGCUGGGUCACAAAUAUCAUCCGUUUGAGAACGAAGAAUUUUAACGACUGGUUUAUAAUAUUCACAGCGUUAUUUAACUGAAAGUUAAAAAUAUUAACUAUUUAUAAGUUAUACUUUCAUUGAAACUUUAAAACUGUAUUAUUCACUUAGUUUAGUUUUAAAGAAAGGUUAUACUCAUGUACCUAUAUAAAGAUGGUACUAGAUUAUUUUUGUAAUAAAAUUAUAAAAUUGUU